UGAGGGAAAGCCCCUAGGCCAGGACUGAGUUUCCAAACUCGCAGACAAGACAGAGAGCAGUCAAGGAAAAGUUCCCGGGAGGCCCUUUAAAGCAGAAAGGAAGUGAAACUGUGGCGGAGAGGUGAGCCUGCUCCCAGGCAGCGCUGCUGGUCCCCAGGGACGCGGAGCACCUGCUUCUUAGAUUGCUGCCGGGUACCCACCUGUGAAACCUGGCUGCCCAAAACUGGACUGUGCCUGGCUUUCUUCUGCUUGGACUAGAAGCUGACCUCCACCAGAAGCCAGGUGAACCCGUGGGAGAGGAUGGCCCAUGUGGGGGACUUUAAGUGGACGCCCUGGUUCCCUGUCCUGGUGGUGUCUCUGAUGUGCUUGGCCAGAGCAGAAUAUUCAAACUGCGGUGAGAACGAGUACUACAACCAGACCACGGGGCUGUGCCACGAGUGUCCCCAGUGCGGGCCAGGGGAGGAGCCCCACCUGUCCUGCGGCUAUGGCACCAAGGACGAGGACUAUGGCUGCAUCCCCUGCCCGGCAGAGAAGUUUUCCAAAGGAGGCUACCAGAUAUGCAGGCGCCACAAAGACUGUGAGGGCUUCUUCCGGGCCACCGUGCUGACGCCGGGGGACUUGGAGAAUGACGCCGAGUGUGGGCCAUGUCUCCCUGGCUACUACAUGCUGGAGAACAGACCCCGGAACAUCUACGGCAUGGUCUGCUACUCCUGCCUGCUGGCCCCCCCCAACACCAAGGAAUGUGUGGGAGCCACUUCAGGGGUCUCUGCCAACUUCCCCAGCACCUCUGGCAGCAGCACCCUGUCUCCCUUCCAGCAUGCCCAUAAAGAGCUCUCGGGCCAGGGACAUCUGGCCACUGCCCUGAUCAUCGCCAUGUCCACCAUCUUCAUCAUGGCCAUUGCCAUCGUGCUCAUCAUCACGUUCUACAUGGUGAAGACGAAGCCCGCCACCCCGGCCUGCUGCACCAGCCACCUGGGCAAGGGCGUGGAAGCCCCCGCGAGCAAGGACGAGGAGAAGAAAGAGGCCCCAGACAACGUGGUGAUUUUCUCUGAGAAGGAUGAAUUCGAGAAGCUGACAGCAGCUCCAGCCAAGACCACCAAGAGCGAGAACGAUGCCUCCUCUGAGAAUGAGCAGCUGCUGAGCCGGAGUGUGGACAGUGAUGAGGAGCCUGCCACCGACAAGCAGGGCUCCCCAGAGCUGUGCCUGCUGUCGCUGGUCCACCUGGCACGGGAGAAGUCUGCCCCCAGCAGCAAGUCUGCCGGGAUUCAAAGCAGAAGGAAAAAGAUACUGGACGUGUAUGCCAAUGUGUGUGGAGUCGUUGAAGGUCUCAGCCCCACAGAGCUGCCAUUCGAUUGCCUCGAGAAGACAAGCCGAAUGCUCAGCUCCACAUACAACUCCGAGAAGGCUGUUGUGAAGACGUGGCGCCACCUUGCAGAGAGCUUUGGACUGAAGAGGGAUGAGAUUGGGGGAAUGACAGAUGGCAUGCAGCUCUUCGACCGCAUCAGCACAGCGGGCUACAGCAUCCCAGAGCUACUCACAAAACUGGUACAAAUUGAGCGGCUGGAUGCUGUGGAGUCUUUGUGUGCAGACAUCCUGGAGUGGGCAGGGGUUGUACUGCCUGCCUCCCCCGCUCCUACCAUAUCCUGAGGAGCUUGCCUGAACUGUCCUCCCUGGGGCAAGCCAAGGGUCUAACGAGCUCUGGAGCUGUGAGUGGUGCCAGCAGACUGGCGAGAGUCAAGGCACUUUCUGACAUGUCACCAAAUGCAUUAGACUGUUCCAAGUAGCA